CCUGGCAAAGCAGCCGGAGGAAAAGGCGUGUGCCAGUUCCGCUGUCGGGCAGGAGGGACAUGGCAGUAGUGGGCGUUACGAGAGUAUUUUCGCGGGGGAAGCAGAAAUGGGGUGCAUCUCUCGCCCAUAAAACAGGCUUAGGCUUCCCUCAUUUGCUGGAUUGUAAACAGAAAUCAUCACACAUUUUGCUUAACCGGCCUGAUCAACCCAAACUAGCUUAUAAUAAGCUGAAAGGCAAGAAUCCAGGGGUUGUCUUCUUGCCAGGUAUUUUUUCAAAUAUGAAUGGUGUAAAGGCACUUGCAUUAGAAGAUUUCUGCAAAUCUGUUGGUCAUGCUUUUGUAAGGUUUGAUUACAGAGGCUGUGGAAGUUCAGAAGGCAGUGUAAAAGAGUGUACUUUAGGAAAGUGGCGAAAAGAUGUGCUUUCAGUACUGGAUGAACUCACAGAGGGACCACAGAUUUUAGUUGGUUCCAGUUUGGGUGGAUGGUUGAUGCUUCAUGCUGCAAUUGCACGUCCAGAAAAAAUAGCUGCACUAGUUGGAAUAGCUGUAGCUGCAGACCAUAUUGUAUCCACUUUUCAACAACUUCCUGUAGAGGCAAAAAAAGAAAUAGAAGAAAAGGGUGUAUGGAAACUCCCAACCAAACACAGUGAAGAAGGAUUUUACUCUGUGCCAUAUGAACUCAUUCAGGAAGCAGAAAAUCACUGUGUGUUGAACAGUCCACUACCUAUUAAGUGUCCUGUAAGACUUAUUCAUGGCUUAAAGGAUGAAGAUAUUCCUUGGCAGAUUUCUAUGAAACUUGCAGAGAAUAUUGUCAGUGGAGAUGUGGAUAUUAUUCUCCGCAAAUCUGGCCUACAUCGGAUGAAAGAGAAAGAUGAUAUCAAAGUUAUUGUGUAUACUGUGGAAGAUUUAAUUGAGCAGCUAAGUACUUAACAUGAAUUGUGUUGUACGUAAGUUUACAUAUGGUUCUAGAAGAAAAAAUUCAAAAGGGAGAUUGCUCAACUAGAACAAGAUGGAGCUUUAAAAUUUUUUUUGCCUGUAAAUAGUUAUUUCUUCAAUGCUGCAUUUGCACAAGUAAUAAAAUGUGAAGAAAUGCUACUGUUAACCACAUUUUACUACACAGAGAUCAUCACUAUCUUUAUGCAAUAUGCAAUUCUAAUAUACUCUGGUAUAUUAAUGUCAAUAAAUAAUAUGCUUUCUA